AUGGUGUACCAAGGUGAGCGAUCUAAAUCUACUGACAAUUAUUUCUUGGGAUCGUUUAGAAUUUCUGGAAUACCACCUGCUCCCAAGGGAGUCCCAGUAAUACAAGUAACCUUUGAAAUAGAUAAUAAUGGUAUCCUCACAGUUACGGCUAGGAUAGCAUCCACUGGUAAGACCGAAAAACUUAUUGUUACCAAUGUUUGUGGAAGAUUGUCAAAGCAGGAGAUCGAGAAAAUGAUUGAAGAUGCUGAGAAAUUUAAGCUUGAGGACCAAGAGUUCAAGAGGAAAGCUGAAGCAUACAAUGAAUUGGAGGAUUGCAUAUAUCACUUAAAGAGGAAGAUCAAAAGUACUCCUAAUAUGCCCCCAAAGGUCCAGAAGAACAUCCGUUAUACAAUUGAUGAUACAAUGGAAUGGCUCUCUGAUAGCAAAGUUGCUACUAUUGACAAGAUUAAGCGCAAGAAGGAGCACAUGGAGUUCAUAACUGGGCUUGCAUUUCCUGACUAA